GAGAAGUGGGCGUUUUGCUGGCACCUGUAGAAGCAUGUCGGAGAAAGUCACACACCUCCAGCCUGCACAUUCGGUAUUGGUGCUCUAGUAUUCUAUGGGCACUGCUCGCUCAGCUACUCCCCAAAUGCUGUUGGUUUAGCUUUCCUUAGUCGGUGAUUAUCUUCCCUUGGUUUCCUUCCACUCAGGCACCACCAACCCGACGAUUGCAUACACUCGUAACUCUCUCCUAGUGCAUCUUCGCACCGCGGUCUCCUACCCAACAGCAUGUAUUCCUCACGAGUUGGUUCUCGUCAGCUUCUUGUGCUGCUUUCGCUCUUGGCACUUCUGUGGCAACCCGCCUUAGCUCGGACAAAAAUCGGCUUCAUUCGACGAGCAGCUAGCGCGGACGGCACGAGACAGGUCGAAGAGAUUUACGCGCCAGACCCCACGCCAGCUGAAACAGCCGCGCUCCCCGUGCAUGUCUACAGAGCCAAUGACGGGACGCUGGUUGAAGAAAUCGAAGCCAUUCCUGCCGAAGCUGUGACGCUUUUGGAGGGCGUUCCUGUCGCUGAUGCGACAGCUGAAAGCGCUAUGGCGGGGAAUGCUGCUGAGAACUCGUUAACAGGAUCAAGUGACAGACCGCUAACGCAGGCCGAGCUGGACGCUCUUCUCGGGCUGACGAUGGAGGAUACUGAGCGUACGGCCGUUCGAAUUCAUGGGUCACACGCAGCUGUCUGAAACAUAUGAGAUAGCUCGUCACAUCUUUGGCUUGUGUUCUUAGGGGCUUGGGAUCCUUACCUUAGGUUUCAUCGUGUGUGAACGUGAGGGCCCACACGCCUCCUUGAAGGCAUUGAUUAGGUUUCUCCAACCAUUGUUGGAUGUAUUACAUCAAGCGGAAUUAUAUUGUAUUGUUAAUUGAAUUUUCCCCUUGCUAACAUGUGUUGAUCUGGAAUUUU